AUGUCUUCUACUACCGCGCCAGGCAAGGAGGCCUUGAAGAAGGCUGCAAGGGAUCGCUUCACUGGAGCGUACAACAUUAUCAAGAAUGAACUCAUUGAGCACUUCAAGUCGCAUGGUAUGCCGCAGGAUGCCGUCGACUGGUACACCGCCAACUUGGAUUACAAUGUUCCCGGUGGAAAGCUCAACCGUGGUAUGAGUGUUAUCGACACCGUUCAGAUCAUCAAGGGCCGUGAACUGUCGGACGAUGAGUACCUCAAAGCUGCUGUUCUCGGAUGGGCAAUUGAAUUCGUGAGUUUCCUACCUCGGAGUUCGUUUGCAUGUCUAGCAGGGGCUGGAGAAGAAGAUAUUUUCACAUUCGUCCACGGUCAUGCUCCCCAUUCGUCCUUAUAUCCGAGUUCUGAACCUAUUCGUUUCCCACAACAGCUUCAAUCAUAUUUCCUCGUCUCCGAUGAUCUCAUGGACGACUCCAUCAUCCGUCGUGGCCAACCAUGUUGGUACCGCGUCGACGGUGUCGGCACCAUCGCCAUCAACGACGCCUUGCUCCUCGAAGGCGCGAUCUACCAAAUGCUCCGCAUGCACUUCAAGGGCGAGAGCUACUACACCGACCUCCUCGAGAUGUUCCACGACGUCUCCUACAUGACCGAGAUGGGCCAGCUCAUCGACCUCAUCACCGCCCCCGUCAACAAAGUCGACCUCAGCAAAUUCAGCCUCGAACGACACAGUCUCAUCGUGAUCUACAAGACCGCCUUUUACUCUUUCUACCUCCCCGUUGCCGCCGCCAUGUACAUGUGCAAGAUCCCGUCGACUUCGUCCCCUCUUGAACCUGCCGCUGCACCUUCAUCACCACUCACACCUGUGUCCGAGAACGGAUCGCCUGCUGCCACUGGCACACCGGCGAAGGCCGCAGACCAGGACCCGUACAAGAUCGCGCUGUCGAUUUUGCUCCCGCUGGGCGAGUAUUUCCAGGUCCAGGACGAUUUCCUCGAUUUCUCGGGCACGCCUGAGCAGAUCGGCAAGGUUGGCACGGAUAUCCUCGAUAACAAGUGCUCGUGGUGCAUCAACACCGCGCUCGCGCUCGCGACCCCCGCCCAGCGCGCCAUCCUCGACACGAACUACGGACGGAAGAACCCAGAGUGCGAGAGGAAGGUGAAGGUGGUCUUUGAGGAGGUUGGCGUGAGGCAGAAGUAUGAGGAGUACGAGGCCGCGAUGUACGAGAAGUUGAACGGGAUGAUUCAAGCUGUGCCGGAGAUCAAGAGCGAGAAGGGUGAUGCGGUGUUGAGGAGGGAGGUCUUCACGAGCUUCUUGGGCAAGAUUUACAAGAGGCAGAAGUAG